AGUUCAAAAAUUUCCGCCAGGUUUUACUGCAUCGAGCGCUUAGCGGCCAUUUCGGCGGGAAGGGUGACUCAGAUCGGGGGUCUGGCAAGAGACACAACAUCCUCGUGUCAUGCCAGCAUAAACUAUAAACAGCGAAACUGGCCCUAAACCGGUUGUAUUACGCAUAUUAUAAGCAAUUGGACGUACUGUUGGAAGAGUGAACACUGAAACUGAGAAAAAGGAUGGACGACGGUGGGAUUCCCGUGACAGUUUCAUUUUUUUAACGCUGUUGUUGACAUUGCUGGAGAAUACCAGCGAUUCAUAACCUGAGAGCAGUGGAAUCGACAAGGAGAGACGAAGAUCUUUCUUGUGGACUGUUUUACACGAUCAAUGUCAUUAAGAUGGUUAUUUAUUUUACAAAAAGAAAAAAGAAUUUAAGGAACCCAAGAAAAAGGAUUGAAUUGGUGUGUGAUGCCUAAUGACAUGUGUUGGAAUUCUUAUGGCCGCCGGGCAUAAUACCACGAGAAAGAUACAAAAAAUGAUGCUUUGACCUCAAGAUCGAUUCCUUACGUCAAUUAUUGAAGAAAAAUAUAAUCUACUCGAAACUUAAAGGCAACGUCAAUAAUUUACGACAAAAGGUUACUACCGGACGUCGGUACAAUCAUUAAGACGAUCAGGAAGGCCCAAGUCCUCACUUUUAAUUAGCUCAUAAAACGAUUCAUGGAAAGAAAUGGAAGAUCACGUUCUUGUAAUAAACAUCUGACAAAAAGCUUAUGAGUUCUCCUCUUCUCAGAAAAAUCACAGGAUAUUUAGCUAACAAUGGAUUCUACAAAUAUUCCAUUUAAUGAGAAAAAAAUUUUACAUACUCCAGAAUGAACCAUAUAUAAACAGAAUUAUUCAAAUAGUCCAUCCACACCAUGAAUCAAGGAGGUCUUGCUGAUUCGAGCGAGCCGGUACAAAGAUCAGUCAUUCAUCCUUCUUUCGAGGAACCCCCAAAAAAAGAAGACAUCCGUUAUUCUCAGGAAGACAGAAAAAUGUGAUGACGAAGAUUCGAGAGUCUAGAAAUUGUUAAACCAGUUACACGUGCAAGAAUUGAGGAGCACAUGGUCCUUAUUUGUAUUACGUAACUAUUGGUCAAUCCGCAAAUGCAUGGCACUGCAAUUAUUCCUGAAAAUAAUGAGGACUCUGCCGAUUGUCUUUCAGUUUGUCACUACGUAAAUUAUUGUCUGCUGCAAAGUCGACUGAAGCAAUGCCCUAUCCAAUAUUGAAAUUUUUGAAUAUCGAAUAAUGUAUAAUACAUAUUACAUAUUCGCAACGACCUAUUGGACUCUGAGCCUUGGUCACGAAAGUGAAGAAACACCGAAAUACAGUAAAAUAAACAUGCUGUCGUGUAAACAAAAGGAAUCGUAUGGAUUUAUAAAUAGCUGUUACCGCCGAAAACCAUCAACGACAGAAUCGAGUGAAGUACAGGAUCUGAAGAAGUGUUGAAUGAAAGUGUAAAGCUAAGGAUGUGAUUUGGACAUUUUGAAAAUGCUUGCAAGUUUAAAAUACAAUAUGAAGUGAUGAUGACGUUAUAAAACUUAGAGAAUUUAGCGUGUCUUCGACUUCGAAUUUUGGAACUAUUUUUCAUCUAUCUUUCACAUUAAUUCUCUACGAUAUUCUGAUGAUCAAUUAACUUUUUCAAAUUGGGACCUUGACUUCUGUCGAGGUUGCUAUUUCAGGUGGUGCCCACAGGUUGAUCUCCCACUCCUGGCCCCGCGGGACCCCACUUGGAUAGCCAAUACUUAAGCCAGGAGUUUGUGCUGCCUGGGACUAUUCCUUCAGCAUCGGCCGGUGGACCCAUGUCUAUAAAAUUGUGUGUUAACGAACGUACGCACAUUGUAUGGACAUUGAGGAGCGCGCGCGCAUCUCUCCUCGAACAUCUCGCGAUUUUUUUCUAAUCAGGAUCGAUCUGUUGAUCACUAAAAACGAACAGAUCUGAGUGGAUUUGUGAGAAUCAUCAGAAAGCUCAACAAAGUUCUCCAGGAUAGAUACCCAGUGACUCGUUAAAAUCCACCAUCAUUAAAAUUCAUUUAAAAAAUUCUAAGACGCUGAGGACGAAAAAUUAAACAACCUGAAAGUUCAUAUUUAAUAUAUGAACGAAUCUAAUUAAUCGUACUUCGUGUAAUUACGGCAUUAACAUUAACAAUUAAAAAUAUUAUUUAACUUGGAUCAUCCUUCCACUUAAUCGAUAUUUUAUCGAGUGAAGUGAAGUGUCGGGUUCGCCAAGAACAUUAAAUUAAACAGACAAACUGGCAUCAGCAGCUGCAGAAUUGGUGGCCGAGCGGGAGCCGGAGCCACGCAAUGAAAUACCCAUGGUGGACACAAACAGAAGCUUCGUUGGUGCUGAGGGUCUCGUGAGGAUGGCCCUGCAUCAGUACACCGAAAUCCUUACGACGGUAUCCGAUCCAAGAGUCAGUGAUUGGCCACUUAUGGAUUCUCCGAUUCCAACCUUUGUCAUUGUAGUAUUAUAUUUGUACACUGUGACGAUCCUUGGGCCACGACUAAUGGCCAACCGGAAGCCGUUCAAGCUCAGGAACGCCUUGGUAGCAUAUAACGCCUUCCAGGUCGUCUUUUCCUUAGGAAUGCUCUACGAGCACCUCAUGUCCGGCUGGCUCCUGGACUACAGUUACAAAUGUCAACCGGUCGAUUACUCCCACAAUCCAUCAGCACUAAGAAUGGCCAGCCUCUGCUGGUGGUAUUUUAUUAGCAAGUUUACGGAAUUCACUGAUACGAUAUUCUUCAUUCUGAGGAAGAAAGACAGUCAAGUGACAUUCCUUCAUAUGUACCAUCACUCAUUGACCCCCCUGGAGACCUGGAUAUGCGUAAAGUUCAUCGCAGGUGGACACGGCACUCUGGGCAAUUUAAUAAACAACGCCGUUCACGUAGUCAUGUAUGGAUACUAUAUGCUCUCAGCAAUGGGACCGGAGUACCAAAAGUACCUCUGGUGGAAGAAACAUCUGACGACAGUCCAGUUGGUACAAUUCUUCUUGGUCUUCGUUCACAGCGCUCAGGCUCUUGUGUUUGACUGUGGAUAUCCCAAGCUCAUUGCGGCACUUCUUCUUCUUCACUCCGCCAUCUUCUUCGCUCUCUUCUCAGACUUCUAUAGGCGGGCUUAUCACAGACAAAAGAUACAGUCGAGGACAAAAGAGCUAAAGGCCGAAUAAGAUUUGCUCUCUUGACCGA